AUGUCUUUCCCUCCAACCCCCGCCAUGUCUGGCGAGUUCAUCAUCAAAGACCAGCCCGAGGGCACCGAUGUCUUUGCUCUGCCUCCUGCCGCAUUGAGCCCAACAGAUGAGAGUAGACGCUCCUCUCACUCCGAUCCGUCCUAUGUGCCUGCUUCGCCUACAUCACCAGAUCUGUCUGACCGGCGUGCUUCCCAAGCUGCUCGCUCGGGUACUGGUAUCAAGCGUCCGCUUGAGAACUUCGAUUUGCCCCCGCCUCCUACUCGCACUCGCAAGAUUAUUCAGAUGAAGCCGAAGUCUCCGGCUGCGUCAAAGAGUUCAUCGAAAUCGAAGGAUAGUGGCAAGGGCUCGCCCCAGGGUUCCAAUGAGGCGGCCAACACUACUACUUCGAAGAAGAAGCAGCCUAGUGCUACUAGUGCUGCAGGACGGAAGAUUGCUCGCAAGACGGCUCACAGUCUAAUUGAGCGGCGUCGACGGUCGAAGAUGAAUGAGGAGUUCGGGACGUUGAAGGAUAUGAUUCCCGCAUGCACGGGACAAGAGAUGCAUAAGCUAGCCAUUUUGCAGGCAAGCAUCGACUACGUCAACUAUCUAGAAAAAUGCAUCCGCGACCUCAAAACCGCGGGCCCAUCACAUACCCCGGCCGCCCCACCUUCCCCCACAUCCCCAGAAUUCAUCAUGGAAGGCGCUCCAGAAUCAAUGCAGCGCGAAUCUUCAUCCACAUACUCCUACUCCACAUCCGCAUCACCAGUCUGCUUCGAUCAAGCCAUGCAAAUGCCCGAUACAUCCCCCUCUUUCUCCCCUCGCACCCAGAUCCCGUCUGCACAAACAAUCCCUGAAACUGCAUCUGUCCUCCCCAGUCCGGCAUUAGGUCCUAUUUGGGCUUCUGAGGAGAAAAUGCAUGAGCUUCAGGGUGUUGAUCAUGAGGCUUCGGCUGCGUUGCUUAUGUUGACGAGGGAUCGGAGGGGGACGGCUGAUUCUAUUAAUGAGCAUUUCUCGGCUGGUACGGCUCUUAUUCCCCCGCCUGGGACUGCUUCUGUUGUUCCUCCCCAAUCGCAGCGGAGGAAGGGAAUGAGUGUUCGUGAUUUGCUUAUUUCAUGA